UGUGGCGGCUCCGCUGCAAGGCCAAGGAUGGCACCCAUGUUUUGCAGGGGUUGUCUAGCCGAACCCGAGUGCGGGAACUCCAGGGCCAAAUUGCCGCCAUCACCGGGAUCGCCCCCGGCUGUCAGCGAAUCCUCGUCGGAUACCCGCCCGAAUGCCUGGAUCUCAGCAACGAGGAUACCAUUCUUGGGGAUUUGCCCAUCCAGUCAGGCCGGCUUGGGACACUCUCCACUUCCCUCCGCUUCCCCUCUGGGAGCCCCUUUCACCGCCCCCCCGCACCUUGCUUCGGGCGAUGCCCCAGAGCGAGCUGUGGCCAGCGGGGCCUGGCUCGGAACCCGUGACCCACAUCGGCAGCUGUGACAGCAUCAUGAGCACCACGUCCACCCGCUCUGGAUCUAGUGAUAGCAGCUACGACUUCCUGUCCGCUGAAGAGAAAGAGUGUCUGCUCUUCCUGGAGGAGACCAUCGGCUCACUGGACACUGAGGCUGAUAGUGGACUGUCCACUGACGAGUCUGAGCAAGACACAGCUCCUCAAGGCCCCCGAGCUCUGCCCAUAACCCAGCCUGCUCCCCAGGGAUAUCCAGGGGAGAAGAUUGUUCAGCAAGGACCAGAGCCAAGGAGAGGGACUCAGCCCAGCUCAACCCAUCUGCCUGAGCCCCAAGGCCUGGGCCUCAGGUCUGGCUCCUAUAGCCUCCCCAGAAAUAUCCACAUCGGCAGCAACCAGAACCUCAGGAAAAGCACCACCCAGACUAAUAGCCACCGCCCGGGGGAACCGGAGGGGCUCGUUCCCGAGCCUAAGAAAGAGCAGGUCAGCCAAAGCAGUGAGCCCAGCCAGGCUCCAGCCGGUCCCCAGCUGCCUGCCCGGCAGUUGGACACAGUGCCCAUCCCUCCGCCAGAGGCCUUCCGGGACGGCCAGCCCGAGCCACGCGAGCGAGGCCGCCUGCCCCCGGGGCCCGGGCAGCAGAGCCACGCGUCACUCCGCCCCCAGGAGAGCAAGGAGACUUCCUCAGAGGCCAUGUCCCAAAAGGCCAGUGAGAAAGGCUCGUCAGGGGAACUAGGGCAGCCUCGGCCUCCUCCCGCCACGUCAUCUCAGAAUGUGAGCGCCGAAGAUGCUCCCGUCCCACCAGGGGGGGACCCCGGUGCCCGGUUGGCCCCCCUCACAGCCUCUAAGCCCCGGAAGCUGCCACCCAACAUCGUUCUGAAGAGCAGUCGAAGCAGUUUCCACAGCGAGCCCCAGAACUGGCUGUCCCGCCACUCGGAGGCCGGUCCCGGAGACUCGGGCCUGGCCUCGUCCUCGCUGCAGGAGCAGAAGAAGGCGCGCCGAGAAGCCCUAGAGAAGCUGGGGCUACCCCAGGACCAGGAUGAGCCCAGCCCCCACUUAAGUAAACGUGCCAACUCCACCCGACUCCAGGCCCCCCUCCAGGCUCGGGCUCCGGUUCAGCCUGCAGUUCCAGCUCAGGGCAUAGCCACCGUGCCUGCCGGAGGAGAGGCUCCAGCCCCAGCUCCAAGGCAGGGAACUUCUCCGGGGAAGGCCCCGACUCCCACUCCAGCUCAGGGGUCUCCUCCAGGCAAGGGUUUGAUUCCUGCCCAGGAACCCACUUCAGGGAAGGCACCAGCUGCCAAAUCCAUGCCAGUUCCUAUCCCUAAGGCCCCUGGGGUAAGUAGGCCCCUGACCCAGCCAAGGCCAGACUCAGGGCUGACUCUCCAGGAGAGCAACAUCCCUGGCCUGAGACAGAUGAACUUCAAGUCCAACACUCUGGAGCGCUCAGGCGUGGGGCUGAGCAGCUACCUCUCGGCUGAGAAAGACCCCAGCCCCAAAACCAGCACCUCUCUGGGCAAAGACUCCUUCUUGGACAAGAUGUCUCCUAAUGUCUUGCGUAACUCGCGGCCCCGCCCUGCCUCCUUGGGCACGGGGAAGGACUUUGAAGGGAUCCAGGUGGGCAAGUUGGCUGAACUGGAGCGGGAGCAGAGCACCAAGCGCCUGUCCUACCAAGGACAGAGCCGUGACAAGCUGCCUCGACCCCCCUACGUCAGUGUCAAGAUCUCCCCAAAAGGCGUCCCUGAUGAGCACAGAAGGGAAGCUCUGAAGAAGCUGGGACUGUUGAAGGAGUAGUCACUGGCCCCUAGCAUGGCCCCCAGCAUAGCCCCACAGCCCCUGCCAUACAAGAGGAGGCUUGGGGCCUUUCCCACCCAACAGCUCACAGCUUGGGCACGAGCAGGCUUCUCUCCAGGGCGCUCCUCUCUCUGAGGUGAAGGGGAGGAAGAGGUGGGUCUCCAGGCAUACGCAGACGUUUAUAUUCAGAGUGGUUGUGUCAAUGAGUCCCUGCCCAGAUCAUCCUGAAGGUGAUUUCCACAAGACAGUGUGCGUGUGCGUGUAUGUGUGUGUGUGUGUGUGCGUGUGUGUACCAUAGGUGCACUUCAGCUUAUCACUGAAGCUAUUUAUGUGACACAAGGAGUCAUUGCUCAGAGUUCUGCUUGUGUUGGAGAUUUUCUUACCGUAGGUAGAGUUCAGCCCAGCCAGAACUGAGGGGACAGAGGUGGCUAAGCCCGAGAAAAAAAGUCACAUGAGACAAUGGAUGUGCCGGGGCAUUAGGCAGAUGCCGGGUCAUAUGAAAUGUGGGCCUCCCAGAAUCCCCGCAUGGAAGGAGACUGGCUCCUACCUUGCAGGAUCCCUCUCUCAGUUCUGAACUUCCGGACGGGGCCCAGGAGGAGUAGCUUUGUCAUCUCCUCCCCAACUCUACCUUCUCACUGUCCCCAGUCCCGAGGACAGGACACAUCCCUGUAACUAAAACUCUCCAUUGACUGGGAGCAGGAGGGCUCCGGGUGGCCUGAGGAGGCAGGAUAAGUGACCACCCAGCACGCUUCCACUGGGGAGGAUCCUGGCCCGUGGGCCUGGCGAAUUUAUCAUCACAAACCGUGCAGUGAUCCCUGUCGCUGCUGUCCCUAACCUCCUGCUGCCUACCUCAGCCCGCACACGACUGACCCCAGGGCUGGGCCAACCCUGAGAUGGAAGUCUAAGCCCUGAGGCUUUAGAAAUACCGAAGAACUAUUUGAGGACUUUGUCUCGGCUGCUGCAUGUAGUUUUGUCCGUUUCUAUGGGAAGGCAACCCAGUACAUUCUCUGCUAGUUAUUCACAUAAUAUCCAAGCUGGGAAGAAUCUUAGAGAGGAAGGAGACUCUCGUGUCCCACACUGUUGGGGAAAGGAAGCGACUCAUCCGUGGUCAUUCUGCUGUCCUGUAACAGAGCAUUGACCCUGGCUUCUCAUUCCACGCUGCGUGCCGCCUCCCUCACGAGGCACCCUCAGGAUCAGCAGUCACAUUCAAAGGCUCAGCCCUCAGGCCCUUCAAGAUCCUCAGGUGUCUUCUGAAACAUCAGAGAUUAAACGUUGUUCAAGACCAUAUUGAGUGUUGUUUUUUCUACUAUGUCUUUGGAAAGUAGCACUAUAAUAACUCAUUAUGAACCCCAAUUCCCUGACCAUGUUGUGCAACUUGACAAAAUGCCAAGAGAGGGUAAUAGGAAUGGGUGGUAUCGGCUUGUGGAUACACUUCUGGAAAUCAGGCACAGCUAGACAUGGCCCCUGUUUCCCCUAAGGAAAUAAAUAUCAUUCAUGGCUGUGGUUGGAGCGCAGGAUCCCCAGAUGUGAGGGGCAGAUAAGGGGAACUGUAGUUGGAAAGGUGCCUGUGAGGUCGGCUGAGGAUUUCUGGGCUGCAUCCUUAGGGACCCAGCACUGUCAAAGCAUAGUAUUUCUGAAAAUGAUGAAAAGAUUAAGGUACGGACAACAAAUGGCUCCACCCUGUCAUGGUAUGUGGGGUGUGGGUGUGACAGUUUCUGUAUAUACUCUCACACACACACCCAAAAUCCUGUGGCCUUCCUCGCCCUGGAUCAGGACCGGGUCUGUCAGAGCUGAUAGGGACUCACACAACUAGCCAAGCCAUUCCUUAUUACAGACUCCCCCAAAGAGAGUAGGCCCCCUCCUGGAGGACUGGUUUGACACAUGCUGUGUUUGGUUGAACUGCUUCAUGUGUGUAUGUCAGGAGAACCUAGGAACGAUCACUUUAUUUUUUUUUAAUUGCCCUGAUUAAUAGGGAAACUUGGUGCUACCCAUAAAGUAAGACUUGGGAGGAAACCGGGGCCCUCGCAUCAACACAGGUGGGUGAGGAGUACCUCCUCUUAAAUCCUCACUCCCAGGUAAAGGUAAUUAUUUCUCCAACAAAACAUACUACAUACAGCUUGCCUUCUCACUCUGUAUCCUGAGCUGGUGACAUGCCCAUUCCCCCAGCAACUCCCUUCCUGCUUCCCCAGGUCCUUGCCCUCCAGAGGGCAUGUCUUACUCUUAGGAUGGUCUUCGGGAUUCAAGAAUAGGAUAAUAAACCCAAACCCAGCUGUCCUCAUUUUGAAGAGGGGGCAAGGGAACCCACCUAGGGACAUCUGCCAUCCUGAAGGUGAGGCUAGACCGACAGAAGGGGUUUUAUCUAUCCUCUUUUAGCCAUAUAGGAUUACUCUUCAUUGGUGAAACUGAUUGGGUGGAGGUGAGAGUGGGGUCACUGCUGUGUUUGUCCCUUUUUGAAAGAUUUUGGAUGGAAGUUGUCAAGGCCAUUCGCUUGAUUUUAAAAACCCGUGUGACAACUCUACUUCCACCUGGCCUUGUAACUCGGCUCUAGCCUGCUGCAGUCUUGCUGUUACUGGGAACAAACUAUCUGCCAAACAGAGGAGCUGGCUUCUCCUCAGCCUGGCACGGUGGGAUCUGUGCCCGUAAGUGUGUUAACAUUUGCUUCUCUAAAUCACCCCUCAUGUGUUAUCCUGGGAGUUCUGUACCCCGACUUGGUGUGGCAGGUCCAAGUGCUAUCCUAUACAGAAGUAAAGGGAUGGGCCUGGUCACCUCUCAGGUACCUCCCUUCAUCGUGGAAAGUAUGGUCUGGCAGAGGCCACACUGAAACCUGGCUUUGCACAGGCUUGCAAAAGUAGGUAUUGAUUCCAUGGAAGAAAGGGCAGGUGGAGGAGUGGAGAGCAGGCCCUACUUGAUGUUAUGGGUUAAAGCUGGAAGUGAAGAUUUAAGAGUCUACAAUACGUAUAAGCAUGCGAGAUGAACCACUCCAUCCCUGAUUCGUGAUCAUAUGUGUAGGAAGAGGAGGGUCAUACUGUCAAAACGUGAAAACUCAUACACUAGAGAAGGUGGAGACCAGUGGGAUGUGCAGGAGAAAUCAUGUCCAUCUCAGAAUCUAAGGAGGAAUGGGGCUGUAAGAUUCCCAUGCUCUUUUCCUCAUGUGAGUGACUACAGAGCAUAUAGAGCUGGGCUCAAUUUGACCUCCAUCACUUACCAAUAUGGGAACCCUGGGGCUGUCACUCUAACUUUCGGGACCUUGGAGUUCUUAUCUGUAAAAUGGGGAUAAUAAUACCAUCCUUUCAAUAUCAUUGAGGUGAACAAAUGAUAUAAAAUAUAUAAAGCUCAGUGGUUGACAUAGUAUAGAUACUCAAUACAUGAUAGUAUUGUCUUCUGCAUCUUAUUUCUUUCUUCUCAAAGGGACCAAAUGGAGACAGGGUUGGAAGCCAAGAGCUCACCCAAUUCAGCUCUGAGAGGAAAUAGGAGAGAUCUCGCUGCAAGUAGAAGUCCAAAGUACCAACUAGGCUUUGCCACACCCUCCAGGUGACUCAACUUCACCCACGCCAGGACUCCCGGAAUUGGAAAAGAAAGGGAUCAGUGUGAAUAUGGUGUUUGUGUCUCAGUGAAGCCAGCUUCUCUAUUUCUAAACCCUGCUUUUGAUUUAUCAUCAAUGUCUUGUUGCCCAUGACCAUGUAGUUUACUUUUUUUUGCUUCCUUCAACUUCCUUUUGCUGUGUGGUUCAGGGAACUAUAUGCUGUUCUAUAGUUACUCAUUUUUAAAAUGGAGAAAAAGAAUAAGCACACAUAACAGGGGGGAAUGAUGGCUCAAAUCAGGAAGAGAUAGAGACUAGAAAAGGUUUCAAGCUUCCUGGGGCAUUUUCUAAAUAAGGUAGGCAUCUUUCAGGAAUGAAUGAGGUGUUAGUUGGCAGGAAGCAAGAAGGUGUGUUGGAUGACUCUGCACAUCCUUUGGGAUAUCAGGGCCUGGGGAAUCACAGGAGACAUUGCCAUCAUCACUGCCACCAUCUGCCACCAUCAUCAUCAUCACUGUCAUCACUGACCCUUGGCAUUAGAACAGGUGACGUUCUAAUUCCAGGCUGCCAUUCCCUCUUGCUCAUGGCCUAUCUGGAUCGUUGUCCUUAUUCGGCACUUGCCAUGUAUCCAGGUUUCAAAAUAAUCUGAAACAGAAUGGUAUCCUGGCAAAGCUCUGGACCAGAUGAGCUUUAGUGAGUCACUUCAUCUCACUCAUAAAAUGGGGAACUUGGAAUGGACUACUGCCUAGAUCCAUGCCAGCUCUGAAACCUAUGUUAAAAUGAGUCCAAGCAACUUAAUUAGAAACACAAACACUCGGCCAAAAAUAAUCACAAUUUAGUCUAAGGUAAAAUAUACCUCAUAGAACCUAAGACCUGGAAGAAAAGUUUUAGAUUAUCUAAUUCAACCUCCCACUCAAAAAGAAAUUACAUCUAUAAGUGGAUAAGGAUAUAGUCAGAAAGAUGUAUGUCUGAAUGGAUGGAUAGAUGGAUGGAUGGAUGGGUAGAUGAGAGAGAGGAGGGGAGAGGAUUGAGAACAUGGCCAAGAGUGCACGCUUAGGAGUCAAGCUGCUAGGUACUCUGCACCUCAGUUUCCUUUUCAGUUUAUUUUUGACUCCUUUAACUUCCUUGGGAAGUUCAGGGAACUAUAUGCUAUUUUACAGUUAUUUAGUUUGAACAUGGGGUAUAAAAAAAAAAAAAGAACUUAUAAUAGGAAUGAACCCUGUAGAAGCAGUAAUAAUACUUACCUGUUGCAGUUGUUAUGAAAACAGAAUCCAAAUGGAAUAAUACAUAUGAAAAACAUAUAGCACAUUGCUCAAUAAAUGGAAUCUAUUGGGCACCUGGGUGGCUCAGUGGGUUAAGCGUCUACCUUCAACUCAGGUCAUGAUCUCGGGGUCCUGGGAUCGAGCCCCUCAUUGGGCUCCCUGCUCAGUGGGGAGUCUGCUUCUCCCCCUCCCCCU